UUUGAUAGAGACAAACGGUGUCGUUUUGCCCCAUUUUUUUACAGUCACUACAACAAAGUAUUACACUCUCUCUCAUAUAAAUUGAAUCAAAGUAGCUUUGUUUCUUUUUCUCUCCUUCCUUGUAGCAGCCAGCUACUUUGUUUCAUCUCUCCCUCAAGGCGUUCUACUGUGGAAUAAGAACCUGGCAUCGAAGAUGAACCGUUACAGUCUUCAGCAGAACGCCUUUGCAGCUUGUGAAGAGAUGCGAGGCUCAGUUACCAUUACUGAUCAGAAGGAGCCUCUCAUUUGUCCUAAGCCACGACGAGUCGGGGUCUUGUCGAACGUGCCUGUGCGACAAUUGAGAUUUCAUUUCAAUCAUCAAGCUGAGGGUUCUGAUUCAAAAGCUGCGGCUGAGCUGCUUGACAUGAUUUUCGAGAAGGAGAGUCACGGGGACGACUUUGCUAAUCAUGUAGCCUAUUCUCCUCCAUAUUUUUCCGUGUCUCCACCAGUCCGAGCUGCAAAUCCCUUGGUCCAGGAUGCUCGAUUUGGAAACGAGAUCAUAUCAUCAUCACCAUCAGGCUUGCCAUCUCCAAAUUCUGCAUCCCGCAAAGGCGGAUGUGUUAGGACUAGUUUUGGACUUAAACCGGCUGCUGUUAGAGUAGAAGGGUUCGAUUGCCUCAACAGGGAUCGCCAGAAUUCCAGCGUCCCUGCUGUCGCUUAACAUUCCAUUCAGAGAAGUGUAUAUAAAGACGGAGCUGAGUGCGAUGCGAUAACUUGUUAAAAAGAAAGAGACUUUAACUUGACUAGAGAGAAGAAAAAUAUCUUGAGUAGUUUGAGGUUAUAAUGUUGGAAGAAACAAACCUUGUGUUCUUUAGAAGGUUUGAUGUAUAAAGGGCAUGUUCUUUUUUUGUGUACUAAAAGGAUAUUUUAUAUUGAGUGACUUAAAUAAUUUUUUUAGGUCAUCACCAUGAGAAUGAAUGUAUAGAGAGUUGGUGAUUUUGGUUAUAAUGUGUAAAUAUAUUUAGAUAAAUUUAUGAGUAUGGUUAUUAUAUAUUUAUGAAUUAA